CAAUGCGCAUGCGCAAGCCGACAUGCAUCAACGGACGAAACCAGAUAAAACUCGAGGAAAAAUGGAACAAUGAUCAAUUUCCCAGCGAGUGAUUGAAGUUCUGUUUCUCUAAUAGGAUGCUAACAAGAUCCACAAGAGUUUUGGUGGUGGUGGUGAUCAAGAGGCUCCAGAGCUCUCCCACUUUAAAGAGGAAGUGGAGGAGGCUAAUGAUGUCAUCAAAUUGCCGUGGAGAGUAAAGAAGAGAAAGGACAAACAACCCAAGGUGUCACGGCUUCCAAUUCCAAGUAGAGGACCACCACCGGACAAACACUCAACAUGGAAGAACCUUCGAGGAGCAGCACAGAAUGUAAAGAACGUCCUGCGCAGUCGUCCGUCCCCAUUAAAGAGGAAAAGGAGGAGGCCGCUAUAAGCAAAUCGCCACUGACUGGGGUCUCGGUGAAAAGCGAAGACAACAACGAACGACCCGAGCGGUCACACAUUCAACAUCGCAGUCCAAGUUGGAACCAACGUGGAGGGCCACCAUCAGAUGACCACUUUACUCCACUGUCAGACUGUGACAACAUAGAAGAACCUUUGAGGAGCAAUGCAGACUGUGCAGGUGACGACAAACUGUCAAAACACUCUAAAACGGAGACAACUCUUGGCAACGAAAAAAUGUUACAAAGACACGAAAAACGUGUUACCUGCUCAGUUUGCAGUAAAAGUUACACUAAAAAAUCAACAUUGAAUCGACACAUGAGAACACAUACGGGGGAAAAACCCUUUAGUUGCUCCGUUUGUGGCGCAGCGUUCUCCAGAAAACAAAGUAUGCUAACGCACAUGAGAACCCACACGGGAGAGACACCCUUUUGUUGCUCAGUGUGCGGCAAAAGCUGCGUUACAAAACAAACUUUGGAAACGCACGUGAGAAUACACACAGGAGAGAAACCCUACAGUUGCUCAUUUUGUGGUAAAGAAUUUGCUCGAAGUGGACCAAUGCUGAGACACACGAGGAUACACACAGGAGAAAAACCUUUCAGUUGCUCGGUUUGCAAUAAAACCUUCUCUCAGAAAGGAAGCAUGCAGUCGCACAUGAGAACGCACACAGGAGAAAAGCCCUUUAUUUGCUCCACUUGUGGUAAAACGUUCUCCCAAAAAGAAAACAUGAUGACGCACAUGAGAACACACACGGGAGAAAAACCUUUUAGUUGCUCAGUUUGCGGUAAAGCAUUCACUCAAAAAGGAAGCAUGGAGUCACACAUGACGGGACACACAGGCCUUAAACCCUUUAGUUGCUCAACUUGUGGCAAAGUCUUCUCUAAAAAGCCACAUCUGGUAUCACACACGAGAACCCACACGGGAGAAAAACCCUUUAGUUGCGUCGUGUGUGGUGAAAGCUAUGCUCAUAGUGCUGGUUUGACUCAACACAUGCGGAAACACAACACUGAGGAACCAUGAAUGUCGAAUCGGGUGAAGUCAUCUGUGUUAUUAAAGACUGACGAUAACAA